UCAGUUUUCCUCCACGUCGGCUGCAACUGCGCACUGCUCUCUUAUCCACAUACACAUCAAGUUUUUAGUCUGGUAAUAGGACAGUAAAAUCGCCGGUUCUGUGUCAUUUCUCACUUGGCAUAAUGUUUAAGAAGCUGAAGCAGAAAGUGAUAGAAGAGCAGUCUCCUCAGAGGAGCAGCGCGCAUGCGCAGCAGGUGAGCUCAGCAGAGAGGCGCAGUCACCCCCCUUUCCUGCAGCAGGAUGCCCCAUCCUACCCCAGCGACAGAGAGCUGCUGGCUGGGAUGAUAGCAGAACCUGCUUUUCUCUCUGAGUAUACUAUCUUUGCUCUGGACCACUCAAAACGACCCAAAGCGGCUCAGGUGCCCAGUGUGAGCAUUGUGAAGGCUGCAGACAGCUCUCCGAGAGGCAGCGUGAACGGAGAUGGAAUCGCCCCCCCUCAGAGAGAGGAGUCUCUGUCUCUUGCACAGAAGCUGCAGCAGAAGGUUUCUUCAGUGGAGUCUUUGCUUCGGGGUUCGGGUCGCGGUGAAGGGCUGUUCCGCUCAGGCUCACGGGACAGUCUCGCCAGAAGCUCCUCAAGAGAAUCCCUUACUCUCGUGGGAGAGAAUGAAGCGCCGUCCACUCAGGCAUACGACCCACCUUCAGACAUUGAGAGUGAGGCAGAGGAAUCACCCGGCAGUGUUGAGGGUCUGUCGAAAGAACAGCUCUUAAACCGCCUGCACAGGGUGGAGAGAAGCCUUGGCAAUUACAGAGGGAAAUACUCGGAGUUGGUCACAACCUACAGAACAGUACAGCGAGAUAAAGAGAAAACUCAGGCCAUCCUUAGUCAGAGUCAAGAUAAAGCCCUUAGAAGAAUAGGGGAGCUCAGAGAGGAGCUACAGAUGGACCAGCAGGCCAAGAAACACCUGCAGGAGGAAUUUGAUGCUGCUCUUGAGGAGAAAGAUCAGAUGAUCACUGUGCUUCAGACACAAGUAUCUCUCUUGAAGAAACGACUCCAGACGUUUGGAGGUGUGGUCUCAUCAGAGGUGAAGACCUCUCAGCCCACAGAUGCAGUUGACGUGUCCUCUGACUCUCAGACUCCCUCAAAAGAUGACAGCGCGAUGGUUAAAGCAGCAGAAGGCAGUGCUGAGCCAGGCAGCAUGGUGGACGUUGAGGUGCUACAGGAGCGAAUCAAGAGGCAAGAGAGUCUCUUGCAGAGAUGCAAGGAGAUGAUUCAUUCCAGUAAAGAGCGCUCGGCACAGCUGGCCAGCGAGAAUGAUGUUUUACAGCAGCAGCUGCAGGAGAGACUGCAAGAGCUUGAGAAAAUAAAGGAACUCCACACCUCAGAGAAGACUAAACUGAUCACACAACUGGGCGACGCCAAGAACCUCAUCGAGCAGCUGGAGCAGGACAAGGGCAUGGUGAUCGCUGAAACAAAGCGUCAGAUGCAUGAGACUCUGGAGAUGAAGGAAGAAGAGAUCACUCAGCUGCGCUCCAGACUCCAGCAGACCCUCGCACAGAAAGAUGAGCUACAGGAACAUAAGGAGAAGUCAGAGAAAGCAGCAUUUGAAGAGCUGGAGCGAGCCCUGGGUGUGGCCCAACGGGCGGAGGAGGCACGCCGUCAGCUACAGAUGAACAUGGAGGAGCAGGUGAAGCAGGUGGAGAAGGCCAGCGAGGAAGAGAGGAAAAAUCUACAGCAGGAGCUCACCAGGGUCAAACAGGAAGUGGUCACCAUUAUGAAGAGGUCUUCAGAAGCCAAGAUGGCAGAAAUGGAGCGGUUACAUGCAGAGGCUAUGGCCAACAAAGAAGAGGAACUGAGUGCCCAAAUCAAACAGGCGGUGGAGCAGUGUCGUGAGGAACUAUUGCAGUUGGCACAGGAAAGGGAGCAGCAGGCAUCUCUUGCUCUGGAGGAGGCCGAGUUGCAGAAAGCUGCGAUUCAAUCUGAAGGGGAGAACAAAGCCAAGGAACUACAUUUUGAACUGGAGUCUGCCAGAACAAGAAUUCAAGAGCUGGAGAGUUGUCUGGGUAACACUGAGAAGAAUGGUGCCAAAUCAGACAAACUCUCAGCACAGGUUAAACUAGCUGCUCUAGAGGAAAGGCAUCAGCAGGAGUUGGAAAGGGCAAAGACUGAGCAGAUAACAGUCCUCAACCAGCAGCAUAAUAUUGCUAUUGAAGAGCUUGUGCAGAAACACAAAGCUGAGAUUGAAUCCAUUCUAAAAGACAAAGAGGAACAGUUUCACACUCAUGUUGAGGAGAUGAAUCAAAAGAUGCUGGAUAAGCUGUGUAAUAAACAGACAGAGCUUGAGACUGUGUCUUCUAAAUUAAGUGAGGUACUGAAGAGUAAACAACAACUUGAAGAGAAGCUCUCCUCUAUGGAGACCACCAGUGAAUCUGCAAGACAAGAGUUUGAGGAGAGACUCAAGGAGGAACAAGCAAAAUAUCAGGCUGAGAUUGAAGCUGUAAAACGUCAACAUGAAGAAUCAUUUGCAGGGGUGGAGAAAAUGUUGAAAGAAGAACUAUAUCAGCUGAAGAUAGUGUUGGAGGAGAAGGAAAAGGUGCUAGAGGAACAUGUGCUCAGGGAAAAGACUUUAGAAGAAGAAGCCAAGCAGGCUCUGCAAGAUGGAAAUGCCCAAUUGGAGGAGCUUAAACUCCGGUCACAAUCUAAUAAAGAAGCUCUUGAUGAAUCCAGAGCUCAGAUUAGCACUCUAACCGAAGAACUCCAACAAACCAGGAAUCAAGUGAAAGAUCUUGAGCAAGCUCUUGAGGCAAUGCGCAAUGAUUGUCAAAAGAAAGAAGUCUGUCUUGAGCAAAAGACAAAUGAACUUCAGGAGCUAGAGCAAAAGUUGCAGCAAGUCAAGAAGGACCUAACUGAAAAAGAGAAUUUGCAUACUGAAACUUGCAAAGCAUUGCAAGAGGAGCAAAACUGGUUGAGGAAGCAGCUGGAUGAUCAGAAAAGUUCUCAUGAGAAGAAACUUGAAAAUAUUAAGAAAGACAUGGAUUGCAAGCUGAAAUCCCAAGAAAACAAGAUGGAGAAAUUCAGGCAGAAAGCCAAAGAAGCACAGGAAAAGUUGAAGAAGAAGCUUCAUGAUCAAGAGGAGAAUGCGAAAGCAGAAUUAUCCAAGAAAGUUCAAGAGUUACAACAGAAAGACCAGCAACUGAAGGAGAAGAUCUUAGAGAUGGCACAAUCAAACUCUGAAGGCCUCAGCAGUGCCAUCUCUGAUUUAGAGGCAAAUCACAAGGAGCAAGUAGAAAAGCUUCAUGUGACCCAUAAACAGAAGCAGGAAAACCUGGUUCAUCAUUGGCAGGAGAAGCUCAGCCAGCAUGAGGAGGAUAUGCAGGAAAAACAUGCCCUCUCUUUGCAAGAGAAAGCCCAGGAGUUUGAGGAGAUAUCUCAGCAGCUUUCAGCCAGCAGAGAAGAGAAGGAACAGGUCUUAAAAGAUCUCCAGGACCUCAGGGAGGAGCUUGCUAUGAGGGAAACCACUGUGCAGAAACUGCAGACAGAGCUCAGGGAGGCAGCAAGCAAGCUGGAGGGUUUGUCUGAAGGAGAGGGUAUACUUAAAAGACAAGUCGAAACCAUGGAGAAGAAUCUCAACCAGGCCUUGAAUGAAAGGAACCUCUUUCAGGAUGAACUGAGAAAGGCAGAGAAAACUAGUAAAGAGAGAUUACAGAGCUUAUCUGAAGAGUUGAUAAACACCCAGCAAAAGCUGAGUGCACUUGAAACUUCCAAAUGUAAAGAGGGCAAAGACCUCCAGAGGACACUUGCAGAAAAAACUGCGGAGCUUCAAACUAAGGAAAAAGAGUUCCAGACCCAAAUGUGUUCUAUCAUGAAGGAGUUUGAGCAGUGUUGUCAAGAAGCCCAGGCUAAGUUAGAGGGUUUCUCCGUUGAGCUGUGUAAGAAAGUUGAUGGAAGGUUUGGAGAGUUACAACAUAGGGUUAUACAGCAUCAGAAGAAGGUCAAAUAUCUAGGAAAUGUUUUCUUGAAGAAGGACAACCGAAUUAACACUUUAGAGAAAGAACUUCAGCAGAAAUCGGACGAGAACCAGAAUCUAAAAAGCUCUCUUGAUGAGAUAACUCUUCAGUUUGAUGCGAGUUCAAAGAAUCUUAAAGCCUUACACGCCGAAAGGGAGUCUCUGCAAACCGAUGCCGAGAAUCGCUUCCAGGUACUUUCUGAGAAAGACCUUCAUAUCGAGCAGCUUCAUGAAGAAAAUAAAAGCAUAUCAGAAGACCUCAAAGCAAAUAGUUUGCAAAUGAGCAAUCUAGAAUCUAUCAUAAAUGACUUACAGACCCAGUUAGCAAGUAGCAUAACUGAGAAAGAGGAAGCCAUAUCUCUGCUGAAUCAGCAAAACAAUGAGGAAAAAGAAAGGCUAAAAUGCCAAAUGGGGAAGACGGUGGAAAGGUUGGAAAAAGACAAGACCUCGCUUCAAGAGCAGGCAGACUCACUCAGGAACAAGUUCUCUGAGCUGAAGAAGAAGUUCAGUCAGAGUCACAGCACUAUUAAAUCUCUUCAGGAAAAAAUUGCAGACAUGGAGAGGCAGAUUGUGGAGAAGGAUGAGCGUGUUCAAAUGCUCACUGCCAGCAUUGACAAUCAGUCCAUUAGUAAGUCAGAAAUGGACCAGGCUCUUAGUGAGAAAGAACAAAAGGUACACGCCUUGACCUCUGAGCUGGAAAGCUACUCGAAGAAAGUCAUCGAACUAGAGGAGCAGCUAAAGUUGCGGAUAAAAGAGCAGAAGCAACUUGCAGCAGAUUUACAGCAGCACCUUAGUAUCAGGGAAAACGAAAAGAUGGAGAUGAUGAAACAGAUACAGGAAGCUCAAGACCAAAGCUCUCAGAAAGGUGCCCUAAUGCAGAAAACUCAGGAAAGCCUGCAGUCUUUGAAGGGAGAAAUCCAAACAGCCAAGCAGGAGCUGGAAACCCAGCGGGCUAACUUUGAGAAGGAGAAGGCUGAGAUUUUGAGGCUGAAAGAAGAGGCCUUAAAGGCGGCACAAGAAAAAGCAUCCUCUGAGACUGCUAGUAAAGUAGCUGAGUUGAAGAAGAAGGCCGAGCAGAAAAUUGGUAUGAUUCGUAAACAGUUGACGUCCCAAAUUGAGGAAAAGGAGCAAACAAUCAAAGAUCUGCAGACCCAGCUUGAAGGAAUCAAGCAAACCCAGACUGAAAAGGAAGAACGUAUUAAGACUCUGGAGGAGAAUGACAAGACAACAGAGGAUAACAUAGCUAAAUUACAGGAGGAACAUGCAAAGCAUCUAGAAGAGUUGCACCAGAAAGAGAGUGCAGAAAGACAGACCUCUCUGCAAAGCUUAAAAGAUAUGUAUGAAGAGAAGCUUGCUGUUCUUCAAAAAGACACGUCUGCAAAGGAGGAGCAAUGCGCUAUUGCUGCUAGGGAAAAAGAUGAGACUCUUUUAAGACUAGGAGAGCUUGAGAGCAAACUCUCAGAAUCCAGUGAGCAGAUUUUGAACUACCAAACCGAGAUUAGUUGCCUUAGAGCAGACUUGCUCAAACAGACAACAUUGGUCCAAGAGCUUCAACAGACCUGCUUGGAUCUUCAGGGCCAGAUUAAGGAUAAACAGAUUGAGGAAACUGAGAUUGAACAUGUUUCAGAAGCACAGACUACUUGCAGUUUGCUAGGAUUGGAGCCUGCAACAUUGCUGGCCAAGGAAGACAUGGACAUUGUCAGGGACCAAGAUGAUUGGAAAAGUCAAAAGGACUUGUUGGUGAAGGAAUACGAGGAGAAGCUCAAAGACUUGCACAGAAGGCUAGAAGAGAAAGAAAAUCAGAUAAAAGCACAACAGAAUUCAAACGGGGAGACAGAUAGUGAGUGCCUAAACAACAAUACACACACCUCAGAGCACGAGCUUCAGAGAAAGCUGGUGGAAGCUGAGAAUGAGAAGCAGAAGCUCCAUAAAGAUUACACCAGACUUCAGAAAGACCUUCGCUCUCUAAGAAAAGAGCAUGAGAAGGAACUGGAAUUCCUGAAGAAAGAGGUGGCUGAAGAAAGCGAAAAACAAAUGAUGCUUGAAAUGGAAGAUAUGGAAAUUAAACACAACUCCUCUCUGAAGCAGUUAAUGAGGGAGUUCAAUACCCAGAUGGCUUUGAAGGAGAAGGAACUGGAAGGCUCCAUAAAGGAGACCAUUGAAAAGGCCCAAAGUGUUGAAGCUGAGCUAAUAGACAGCCAUCGAGAGGAAGUGAGUCAGCUUCAGAAAAUAAUCGCCCAGAAGGACGAAGACCUAAACAGAACGGUUCAGCGGUAUGAGCAAGUCCUUCAGAGUCGUGAGGAGGAGAUGGGCGGCCGUGUGUGGGAGGUGCAGAAGGAAUUAGAGGAGCUCCAGCAGAGAAGUCUCAGUGACCCUCAGGGUCUUGAUGAGCUAAAGGUUCAGCUUGCUGAAAAGACAACCCUUCUGAGUGAGGCCAGGCUAAAAGAGCAGAAAUACCAAGAUAGGAUCUACGCUCUGGAGGACAAGAUAAGACGCUCCCAUAAAAAUGCAGUGGUGACUCACCUGGGAAGCACAUAUAGAGAUAUGUCACACAACAGUGCAGACCCCUUCUCUGAACCCACUGAAUUUGAGUAUCUCAGAAAGGUCAUGUUUGAAUACAUGAUGGGAAGAGAGACGAAGACAAUGGCCAAAGUUAUAACAUCCAUGCUGAAGUUUCCACCUGACCAGGCGCAGAAGGUUCUAGAGCGCGAGGAUUCCCACGUCAUGCCUUGGCUCCGGUAAGGCAGAACCAGAACCGUGCCUGAACGACCUGACGCAACGACCAAUUCUGCUGCUACUGCUGCUGAGAGAGGCAACUGACGUGAAAGAGGCCCGGUCUACUUAUCUACUUAGUGUCGAUCACUACUGUAUGUGUGUGUGUGAGUGAGUGAGUGGUGUGUUUGUAUGGUUACUGGUACAAGGGAACUAGGUUGUUAGCUUAAGAAAUUAAGAGAAAAUUAAAAUAAUAUUCUUUAAUUUAUUAGCAGAAAAUAAUGUAUUAUUUGGACUUUUCUUGCUUUUUUUUUUUUUUUCAUUUCUUUUUAGGGUAGACCGUUCUUUGUUAUAGCUACAUUUGUAUAAUUUAAAGACUUGUGCAAUAAGUUUGAUUGUAAGUUUCAGUUUGAUUGAAUCUCUCAUUUUCUCUCAAAUAUUUUGUUUGUACUCCUCAUUUUCUCUGUUUUAUGGUCAAAUGAAAUUACCCUUUAACUAUCUGCACAACAUAUGUACAAUAUGAAGUCACGGUUUCCUAGUAUGCUGAUUUGUUUACCGUGUACUAUGUUUUUUUUAACUUAAUACUGUAUUUUUAGGAAACUGACUAAUUAUAAUCACGUUUGUUGUUGUAAAUUGUAAAUAAUUGAUGGGAAAAAAGGCCAUAAAUCUCUGUAAUAGGGCACUUUGCCGUGGUGAAUACAUUUUAAGAUUAAAGUAAUAAAGUUUUAUUUACACUACA